GCCGGCCCAGAGCAGCCCGGGCACUGGCACGGACUCUCUCUCGCUCCACCUGGCGGGAGACCAGGCCUGUGUGCGGAGGGACUGGUCCCGGGCAGCAUGGUCUCUGCCAUGGCCCCCCGCCUCAUCGUGUCGCUGCUGCUGCUCGUAAGGGUCCUGCCCGCCGUGGCUCACUCCGUGCCCGUGCAGGUCUCCUUCCUGGAGGACAUGGGGGGCAGCGGGGAGGCCGAUGACUCCUCGGCCUCCUCCCCGAGCCUCCCGCCGCCCCGGACCCCGGCCCUCAGCGCCACGUCAGUGGGGCCCCAGCCCACGCCCCUGGCGGGCCCCAAGCCCCCCACCAACUUCCUGGACGGCAUCGUGGACUUCUUUCGCGAGUACGUGAUGCUCAUCGCCGUGGUGGGCUCGCUGGUCCUCCUGGUCAUGUUCAUCGUCUGCGCCGCCGUCAUCACCCGCCAGAAGCACAAGGCCUCCGCCUACUACCCCUCGUCUUUCCCCAAGAAGAAGUACGUGGACCAGAGGGACCGGGCCGGGGGCCCCCAGGCCUUCAGCGAGGUCCCCGACAGGGCCCCCGACGGCCGGCCCGAGGAGGCCCUGGAUUCCUCCCAGCAGCUCCAGGCCGACAUCCUCGCCGCCACCCAGAACCUCAGGUCUCCCACCAGGGCGGCCCCGAGCGGUGGAGAUGGAGCCAGGAUGACGGAGGGCAAGUCAGAGGAAGAGCAGCCAGGCGGCCAGGAGGAGGACCGGGACGCCCCGGGGUGUGGGGUCCCCACGGAGAAGCCAGGGGUGACGGAGGGGCCAUGCUCAGGGCUGGCAGAGGGGGUCCUGGGGGCCCUAGAAGGCCCAGGGGAGCCAGAAGCGGCUCCCUCAUUAGCCCAGGAAGCCGGGGACCCAGCAGGCCCCCUCCAGAGUCCCUGUGCUUGUGGCAGUGUCACCCCUAGCGUCUAACAGGCCCCCAGGGCUGUGGCCCUGACUGUCUGGCCCCUAGUGGUCCCCUCUGGGCCACCCCCAGCUGCAAUUUCCAGCGUGUCCCCUCCUACAGCGAACAGACGCUGGUGUCCGCUCCACCCGGGAAUCUCACCAAGUUCUAGAACAUUUGCCUCUGCAGCCCCGAAGGGCUACAUCCCAAGCACAGCUCCUGUGGGGAGGCGGGGCUGGGGAUGUGUCCCCCUUACAACCACGUCGAUUAGGAAACAUACUUGGCGGGUCCCCUGUGACAGGGACAGCAUCACCAUCGAGGUAGAAAUGUAAACCCAUCAGCUAGGAGUUUUGGAAGAUUUUAACCGGGAGACGUGGAAGUGGCCGGGGCGGGUGCGGCUAGUGCUAUGGCAGAAGUAGGCCCCUCACCUGCUCACCUCAUGGCAGGUACGAAAAUGACCAUUUCCCAAACUGGGUUCCCUGUGGUACCCUGACAGGUACAAAAAUGAGUAUUUCCCAAACUGGGUUCCCUGAGGUACCCUAACAGGUACGAAAAUGAGCAUUUCCCAAACUGGGUUCCCUGAGGUACCCUGUGGAAAAAAGAUGUUGGCGUCCAAUGAAUUGAGGAAAUGCUGCUUCUCGACUCCCCGCACCCCCUUAGACCACCCCAGGGCUCUGACAAGUCCUGCAGUCAAGGCCCCGGGGAAUCUGGUGUCUGGUUUCAUAGCCUUUCCCAAACUGCUUUUGACCAGGAAGUACUCUCGUUAUUAUUAUUAUUAUUAUUUGUUAGCAGCUACAGUGGAAACUGCUGCAGGGCGCACUCUGGAAAUUACUACUCUCAGUGUUCUGGAAGGUGCCCCACAGCGUCUGGUUGGUCUGGGGUGUGGGAUGUGGGGGCUCAGCCCGCUACUGCCGUGGGGAUGGGGUGUGAGGAUUGGGUGAAUGAACUAAAUCUUUUUGUCAGGCUCCUAAAGCAGCCUAGAAGCCUUGGGCUCUGAGUGAGGCGACCUCACUCUGGGGGAGUCUGGGGGGUGGAGGGUCUCUGACGCCUGGCCUGGAGCAGGGCACCCAGGACCCCUCCUCCCCCCUCCCCACCCUCUGCUCACACUUGGUGUCUGGCAGCCUAUGUCCACAGCCUUCUUUAGUCCUCGACCAGGGAGCCUGAGCUCCGUCCUGAUUUGGGGAGGCUCUGGGGGGUCCUCUUCCCCAUCCCUCCAUCUGGGGUCCCCCCAACCUCUGCACAACUUUCCGGUGCUGAGCUGUAACAAACCAGCACAAUAAACUUUAUCCAGCCUGA